AUGACGGUUGAAGUUUUUCGCAAAAAGGCGCAUGCGCCACCACAAGACGAUGAAGAUUGGUGUCCAAAGCGUAAAAUUGUGAGUUUCUGGGAAUUUUUGAGUGAAAUUAUUGAUUUCUGAUUUCAGAAGCGUUUGGUAGUAGAAAAAGAAAAAGUUCCGGCAAAACCAACUCAUCAAGAAGCAGUUUUCAAUAAUAUUGUGCUGGUUUCCAAGAUUUUUGAUUUGGUGGUCGCAGAUGAGCCGAUUUUAAACUUUUUGGAUUGGCGUGUGAGUUUUAGCUUUAAUUUUCAGUUAUUCCAAAUAAAAUGUCGAUUUUUCUAGCGCGUGAAUCGCUCCUUCGGAAGUGCUUGCCUUCACAAAGUUCGCAAAGAUUUUCGUCAUUUACAAGUUGUUGCAAGUGCGCCCGAUGGAGAAGGCGACGUUGAGAUCAAUGAGAUAUCGAUUGAUUUGGUGCAAGUGGCGAAAUUGUUCGGAUUUUUGCGUCGGAUAGCUUUGAUUCAAAUUGAGACUAUUGAAUUUGCCGGAUUUGUUGAGGACAACAAAUUGAUUCAUGAUUGUAUUCUUCACGAGCUUUUUGCUUUCAGUGGUGAGCAUUAUUCUAUGAAAAACCGUGAAUUCAAAGAGAAAAUACUGAUUUUUGGUGAAAAUUCUAAAAAAUCUGCAAUUUCCUGUCAAAUGUUGUGAUUUACACUGGAUUUGACGAGAAAUUGCAGAAAACCCUAGAAAUUCUGCAUUUUUGCAUCAAAUUGGAUGUUUUGUUUGAAAUUUAGUCGCAAAACGUCAGAUUCUGCAUUUUUGCGUCAAAUCACGUGUUUUUAAUCAAGUUUCACUCAAAAGCAGCGAAACUCCACGGAAUUUUAAAUAGAAAAACCUGAUUUCACGGAAAAUUGCAGAUUCUCACUCAAGUCGCAAACACCGCGACGCAAAAAUGCACACAAAUUAUUUUUUGGCACUUUUCCAAAUCAAUUUUUUUGCAGCCGUCCAUGUUCGCUCAUAUAAAGGAGCUGAUGAGAUUUGCGAAGCCGGUUGUAUGAUGUGCUAUAUUUUGGCAUCACAAAGUCAUAUUUAUGGACCAAUGCAAUGGUUGACACUUCAAAAAGGAUUCGAUAAUCAACGACAUUUUCAACAUUUGUUGAUCACUGAAAUGUGCGUUUCGAAGAUUUGGAAACUGACAGAUUUAUGACCAAAAAUCGCGGUUUUCUUCAAUUUUCAUCACAAAAAUCCUGAAAUUUCGCUAGUUUCUGAAUUAAAACAAUGUAAAAAUGAGAAAAAAUAAUUUUUCUUGUGGAAAUUAGCAAAUUUUAGGUCACGUUGAAAUUACCUAUUUUCGAAAUAAUCCGUGUACUUCUCUCGGACAAGCGGAAAAUGCUUGAAAUUUGAAUUUUUGUUGAAAAAUAAAAUCUGUGUAGUUCUCUCGAACAACUUGGAAACUAUGGGGAAAAAUAAUUGUCUGUCUGCUCUCUCUCUCUCUCUCAGUUUUUCAUUGUCUCUAAUCAAAAUCAUAUUUUAUUUUUUCCCCAUAGUUUCCAAGUUUUCCGAGAGAACUACACUGAUUAAUUUUGAACAAAAAUUCUAAUUUCAAGCAUUUUCCGCUUGUCCGAGAGAAGUACACGGAUUAUUUCAGAAAUUUUCAGUACAUUCUUAAUUAUUUUAAUUGAGAAACCGGAGAAAUGGGGUAAUUUUCAGGAUUUUUGGAUUAAAAAUCAAUCAAGUUUUCACCCAAUUUCCCAAAAAUGCUCAAAAAUUCCCCAAUUUUUUCAGUUUGAUAACACAAAUUGCAAUGUAUUGUCUGGAAAUGGUCGAAUCUGGCGAAAAGGCGAUGGAAAUUAUGAAAUUAACAAUUGGCCAAAAUGUGGCGUGUGAUGUGUUGGAAAUUAUUGUCUCAGAUCGCUUGAUGAUUUCGCAAGAAUCGCCAACUCAUCCGAGAAAUGUUAUUGAUUGUAUUGUAAAACAGUGGAAGUACGUGGAUUUUAGGGAGGGUUUUGAGCUGAAAUUUGAAAAAAUUGAAAAAUUUUGAGCUAGAAAUGGGGAAAUUAGAGAAAAAUCUGAAUUUUUCUGAAAAAAAGCCUAGAAAACAUCUUGUCGGUUUCUAGGCCAUUGAGAAUUUUUUUUCUAAAAAUUGUAAACCGCAAGCUUUCGCGCAAGUUACCAUAACUUCUAGAUUUUUCAAAAAAGUUGCAGUUUUUUGAACAAAAUUGUGAAAAUCCGAAACAAAAUUAUUUUUACAUUACAUCUAAAAUUCAACCUCCAAAAUCUCAUCCAAAAUUUUGCAGACCGAAAUCGGUGAAGCUGAAAUUUAUGACUGGAUAUUCAUCAUUAGAUUGUUCCGAAUGGACAAAUAAACACAUUUUCGACGAACUUCGUUUCGAUUCGAAUAAAUUGAACGAAACCUGGAUGAGACAUUCGGAAAAGCUGCAAAGUUUGGAAAUUGAUUUGACUGAAGGCGAUGCAAUUGCUGAAUGUUUAUUAGAAGUUGCAGCUGAAAAUGUGCGAAAUUCCACGUUGUUUUCGCCGCCAAAACCGAAUCGCAAAUAUUCGAUGGAGCAUGUUUGCUCCAAUGUUAAAAAGAUUUUUCCGACUGAUCGCGUUUUUGUUAGUUUGCCGUUGGCGUUGCAUCAGUUUGCGGUGAGGGUUCUGGGGAGGGAAUUUGAAAAAAAAAGCUUGAAAUCUUGAAAAACAGUCAAUUUUUGGCCAAAAAUAGCAAAUGCGCUCCAUUGAAUUCUACCCAUUUUUAGGAAAAAUUCAAAUUUUCAUUUUUUUUUCUCUGAGCAAUUUUGACCUAAAUUUGAUGGAAAACUUAAACAUUCUGAAAUUCUUAAUAUUUAGCUGAAAAUCAAUAUUUUUGACCAAUUUUCAGCUGAAAACCCUAAAAAAAUGAUGGAUUUUAAGCCAAAACUAACCAGAAAUAGCAAAUGCGCUCUACUGAACUCUAGCCGUUUUCAGGAAAAAUUCAAAUUUUCAUUUUUAUUUUCUGGAUCCAGAAAAUUAAUGGAAAAUCUUGAGUUUGAACUCAAACUUAAUGAAAUUCGUAAUAUUUAGCUGAAAAUCACUAUUUUUGACUGAAUUUAAUCCAAAAAUCCUGAAAAUGAUGGAUUUUAAGCCAAAACUAACCAGAAAUAGCAAAUGCGCUCUACUGAACUCUACCCGUUUUCAGGAAAAAUUCAAAUUUUCAUUUUUUUUUCUCUGAGGAAUUUUGACUUGAAAUUGAAAGAAAAUCGAUGAGUUUGGACUCAGAUUCUUAAUAUUUUGCUGAAAAUCACUAUUUUUGACCAAUUUUGAGCUGAAAACCCUAAAAAAUGAUGGAUUUUGAGCCAAAACAAACCAGAAAUAGCAAUUGCGCUCUAUUGAACUCUACCCGUUUUCAGAAAAAAUUCAAAUUUUCUUUUUUUUCUGAAUCUAAAAAAUUAAUGGAAAAUCUUGAGUUUGAACUCAAACCUAAUGAAAUUCUUAAUAUAUAGCUGAAAAUCACUACUUGUGACUAAAUUUAAUCCAAAAAUCCUGAAAAUGAUGGAUUUUAAAGGGGGGGUAAGACGACAAAAUUUUUUUGUCGCAAAGUUAAAGGCUCCCCAAAAGUAGUAAAACCUCCAAGGGAUUUUUUCUGGAAACGUCCAGAAAAAAUGUUCCAUAAACUAGGUACCACGUAUAGCUAUACGUUGAAAUUAUUCCAUAAACUUCCGGACAACGUAUAGCUAUACGUUGAAAAAAGUUCAUGGAAUAUUUUUUUCGGACCUUUUUAGGCCUUUCGAGAAAAAAUCCCCUGGGGCUUUUACUAUUCAAAGGGAGCCCGAUUCAUUGAGCAAAUAAAAUUUUGUCGUCUUACCCCCCCCCCCCUUUAAGCCAAAACUAACCAGAAAUAGAAAAUGCGCUCUAUUGAACUCACCCCUUUUUAAGGAAAAAUUCAAAUUUUUUGCAGCGCGACGAAUUUGGAAUAUUUUGCCGUGUUCUGAUGUCAUUUGUCUGGAAUGAUACGAGAGUUUCGAGAAAUUCUCAAAUUUUUGUUCGUGUUUUUUGUGCUGGAAUUAACAAAACUAGUAUACAAAAGGCGAUUGAGGUUGGUUUUUUUUUUUGCAAAAAAAACUUUUUUUCGGUGACUUUCAAAGAAAUACUUUUGUGAGGAAAUUUGAGACAAUGUUUUUCAUUUUUUUUUUUUGAAAAAAUGUGUCUGUUCGGAAUGACGUAGAUUGCGGAAAAUUGACACGUGGGAUGAAAUCAGAAUUUGAAAAAUGUAGAAAAUUCCCGGAUUUUGAAUCUGUAAAAAUUGUGCUCUGAAAUUUCCUGAAAACAUUUUGAAGACAAAUUUUCUGACAAAAUAAGCUUCCUAAGCAUACCUCCUUAAGAGUUUGGAUUUCUAGGCGCGAGUCCUAGACAAUCAAGUUGUAUAGGGUCAGCUACUUGACGACUAGGCUUUCUAGACUCGGCUGCUUGACGUAGAGGAUCUCAAGGCACGGCUCCUUGACAUUUGGGCUCUCUAGACGCGGUUCCUAGAAAAUCAAGUUCUCUAGGCUCGGCCACUUGACAACUAUGAUGUAUAGGCUCGCCUGCCUGACAUAGAGAAUCUCAAGGCGCGGCUCCUUGAAAGUAGGAUUUUAUAAGCACGGGUACGAUACAAUCAGGUUCUCAAGGAUCAGCCACUUGACAUAGAGGCUCUGUAGACGCUGUACCUAUCCAGAUCGGCUUUCUAGGCGCGGGCCCUAGAAAAGCAGCAUCCUUAAGCUCAACUGCUUGACAACUAUGAUGCAUAGGCUCGCCUGCUUGACAUAGAGAAUCUCAAGGCGCGGAUCCUUGAAAACUAGGUUUUCUAGACUCGGCUACUUGACACACAAGUUCUCUCUGAUUCCAAAAUCCUUUUCUGAUAUUUUUGCAGCCCGCCUACUCAUUCCACGGUCGUCCCAUCGUCACCUUCCCACCCACAUUCACCUCAAUGCUCCAAUUUGCCGAAUGGCAUCCCGACAUUUGUAUGCGAAAUUUCUCGCCAAUAUUUCACAUCACAUUUCAAGAUUUGUACAAUAAUUGCGCGGUUCAUUUGGAAGUUUGUGUGGAAAAAGAGGAGGAAACAACCACUUGA